AUGGAUCCAACCUCUAAUGAUAAUAUUCAUGAACUACGACGAAUUCUUCUUGAUAAGAACAAGGAGUUUCCUCUAGGUGAACGUUUUCGUGCACUUUUUUCGCUGAAAACACUUGGAAGUCAAGGUCAUAAAGAAGCCAUUGAUAUUCUUGCAGAAGGUUUUCAGGAUGAUUCUGAGCUUCUUAAACAUGAAAUCGCAUAUGUUCUUGGCCAAACACAAAAUAAAGAUGCUGUUGAAUAUCUUGAAGAAGUAUUAAAAAAUCCGUCACAGGAAGCAAUGGUCCGGCACGAAGCAGCAGAAGCUCUCGGUGCACUCAAUAGUCGUAAAAGUCUCCCGCUUCUUAAGUUCUACCGGGAAAAAGAUCCCCUGGAAAUCGUCCGCCAGACAUGUGAUCUUGCUAUUCACCGGAUAGAGUGGUUUGACUCUGAGCAGUGCAAAACAGAAACCCUUAUGCAAAGUUUAUUCACAUCCAUUGAUCCAGCACCACCUCUUCCACAUGAUCCACUCCUUACUCCCGAUCAAGAGGUCCUUAAGCUUAAAAAGCAGCUUGUCGACCAGACAUUGCCUCUUUUUUACAGAUACCGUGUCAUGUUUCGACUCCGCAACAUCGGCACAGAUCUUGCUGUUGACGCACUUGCCCUUGGCUUUACUGAUCCGUCUGCACUUUUCCGCCACGAGAUUGCCUAUGUCUUUGGACAGAUUUGUUCUCCUCUUUCAGUCCCUUCUUUGUCAAAAAUACUUGCCAAUCCUUCAGAAGAACCAAUGGUCCGUCAUGAAGCUGCCGAAGCACUCGGGUCUAUUGGCAUUCCCGACACACUGCCACUGCUCAAAACGUUUUCCCUUGACAAAAAUAGAGUCAUACGUGAGAGUUGUCUUCUUGGUAAGUCUUUUUUCUGUAUUUUUUUUCAUAACACCUCCAGCAACCGACAUGUAUCUCUAUGA